AAGUGUGUCGCGGGCGAUGGAAGUGCAGAGAUUUCCAGUUUGAUUCCUGUGACAAUGACUUUUCAACAACCGAAUAAUCGACGAAACAGUGGCACCCUUUCGAAAACGAGCAUAUUUUUGUAUUGUGCCUAUAUUUCGACAUGCUUGGAAGACAGGGCUUGGUCAUUCUGUGUCUCUCUUUGUAUGGACCUGAUGGGUGGUAUGAGAGUGGUUUCCAUUGAGCAGCUUUUCGAGGGAGUCUUGCAAAUGUUUCUCAGCGGAUAUUUAGGAAAGCAUUUCGACGGGCUCUCGAGGAAACGGGCAAUCAUGACCGUCGUACCGUUGAACAAUUUGAGUAUUUGUGCUGCAGCUGCUCUUAUUAUCACUUGUCUGUCUAUCGAUGCCACGUCACCGUGGUACAUAGUCUGCCUGGUUCUAGCAAUGUGCAUAUGCGCGGUGAACCGGCUUUUCCUGAACGCGGAAAAGUUCAUCACAGGCAGAGAUUGGGUUAUGGUACUCGGAAAUGAUGGUACACUGUCGAAUAUGAACGCAACUCUGUUGACAUUGGAUCAAUGUACCAAUGUUAUUGCACCGUUAGUAACUGGUGCUCUGGUGACCUGGGUUGGUCUUCGUGAAACAGUUGGAAUAUUUGGUAUAGCCUCUCUUGUUUCAAUGGCUUCAAAAACCAUUUUCCUUAGAGCAAUCUACAUCUCCAAUCCUCUGCUUCAAGUGAAGAAAGACAAGAAAGAUGAAGCGCUAGACCCAUUCGCCAAUUCAAGGCUCAAAGAAUCUGUGGUUUACACGUACUGGUGCCAGAUCUCAUUCCCAGCUGCAUUUGGAAUGAGUCUUCUAUUCAUGACAGUGAUGGGAUUUGAUGGAUUAGCUGUAGGAUAUGGCUCAAGUGUAGGGCUUCCGGAAUUUGUUAUCGGAGCAUUCAGAUCCUAUGGAUCCGUGACUGCGAUCCUUGGAGCGUUUUCCUACGCAUUCUUCGAAAAGCGAUACAGUGUCGCCACUUCAGGACUACUGGGAUUGGUUGUUCAGCAGUUUUUUGCGGUUCUAGCAGUUAUAUCCGUGUUCCUCCCGGGAUCUCCUAUGAACCUUGGUGGAUACUUUGGAAACUUCACUAUGGGAACUUGGUGGCACGAUAUGGUUCACUCUUUCGACGGGAAUAACGCUACAAACUUGGACCCACAUGUUGAUUGGAAGCACUUUUCGUCUGAUGGUGUCAGUUUGGCCAGCAUCUUUGUGUUCUUGAUUGCGAUUGCAUCCGCAAGAUAUGGAUUGUGGUGCCUGGAUCUGGCUAUCACUCACAUAAUGCAAGUCACCAUCCCAGAACGAGAACGAAAUACAGUAUUCGGAAUGCACAACGCGUUGUGCCAAACGUUCUCCGUUUUAAAAGAUGUUCUAGUCAUUAUUCUCCCAUUACCGGCAACUUUUGCAAUUUGUAUAUUUAUUUCUUACGGGUUCGUCUCUUGUGGUCAUAUGUUCUUUAUUUAUUACUUGGUGAAAACCAAUAGCUUAUCAACGGUUGGCAGGAAAUUGUCACAACUACCAGAGAAGGAGGAAAAAGAAGAGAAAGAAGAAUUUGAGAGGUUAUAGAUGAAUUUAUCUAAAAGAUUUUUUUAUAAGCAAAUAAAUAAUUCAUGAGCAA